AGUUUAUCUAUAAAUCUUCUUCUGUUCUAACCCAUAAGGAAAACAAGAUAGUUUCACAGGUUGCAUCAUCAUGGGUUUGAAAUUUAAAGCCACUUUCUUCAUUUUCAUGAUUUUAUCCCUAAUGGCACUGCCACCGUUAAAUGCUUGCGAUUCCUGCAAGAACCCACCUCACCACCACCGCAACCCACCCUGUUACCGCUGCUCACACCCACCGGUAAACUGCCACCCACCACCCCAUGGAACUGGUGUGCCAAAAGUAUCUCCACCUUACCAUAAUUCACCAACGCCACCAGUAAUCGUCCCACCAAUCAUUCUUCCUCCUCCAGUUAGAAAUCCUCCGGUUACUAUCCCACCACCUUCAGGUGGUGGUUGGGGUGGCGGUGGCAGUGGAGGCGGUGGUGGAGGUGGUGGCGGAGGUGGUGGUGGAGGUGUUCCAGGUAUCAACCCACCUCCAUCAACUUACCCUACUUGUCCAAUUGAUGCAUUAAAAUUAGGGUUGUGCGUGGAUGUGCUUGGAGGGUUGGUACAUAUUGGAUUGGGCAACCCAGUGGAGAACGUGUGCUGUCCAGUGCUUCAAGGAUUGCUAGAGCUAGAAGCAGCUAUCUGUCUCUGCACUAUUAUAAGGCUCAAGGUUCUCAACCUCAACAUCUUCCUCCCGCUUGCUCUUCAAGUUCUCAUAACAUGUGGGAAGAAUCCUCCACCUGGGUUUGUAUGUCCUCCAUUAGCAUAACUUUGUUACCCAUAAUUUGUAGUCCAGUAAUCAUGUUUUCAUUAGACGUUUGUUUGUUCGCAUUUAGUGUUUUAGGGUUUUGGUCAUUGCUGUAACUUUGUUAGGAUUGUGUUUCUCUUGAAAAAAAAAAAAUAUAAAAUAUAUUGUUAGGGUUUUGCUCAUUGGUGUAACUUUGUUAGGGUUUUGUUUCACUUGAAAAAAUAUUGUUAGGGUUUCGGCAUCAA